UUUCCAGUCCCAAUCCCAAUCCCAAUCCCUCCGCUGAUUCCUGUUUUUCUGCUUUGAUUUUCUUCAAAUUCUUGCUUCAAUUCCGCCGUCGUUCUCCUUUUGACUUCACAGAUUCAGGUCAGUGUUGCCUGUGUUGCCUUUCAAUCCAUGUUGUUGAUUCCUUAUGAUUUUGCAUGUCCAUUGUUCGUCUGUCUUUCCUGCAUCUAAAUGAUUUCUUCGCAGUCUUCAUCCCCGAGCUUUGGCUUAUCCAAUGCCUUUUCUGAACAUUGUUCAUGUAGUAAUUUCAUUGCGUUCUCCUCUUCUUAUCGGAAUCCCAAAAGAAGAAAUCGAUUUUCCCCAGCUUUUGUUCCUCGAAAUUUCCGAACUAAAUGGUUCUUUGCUUGUUCUAUUUCUCCUGAUGCCUCAACUCCUAAUUUCAAUCUACAAUUUGCAACUUCUGCGAGGACGGGUGCUAAGGAUUUUGUACUGAAGCGUAUUGCUAAUGAAUUGGAAACGGAGCAAUUUGCUCAGGAUCCAUCUCUGCAAGUGGGAUCAAACUUCACUGGUUUCCAGGAUGAUCCUAUUGUUGAUAAGUUAAGGACCCAACUAGGAGUCUUGCACCCUAUCCCUUCCCCACCUAUUAAUCGUAAUAUUGUUGGACUUUUUGUGUUCUUUUUCUUUGUUGGAGUUGCUUUCGAUAAAUUAUGGACAUUCAGGAAGAGAAGUAAAUUUAGAAAUGAGGAUGGGCUUCGUGGCUCGUGGCCCCAAGUGCCUACUAGUUUCUCAUUGUUCUUGGAGAAGGAUUUACAAAGGAAGGAGUCGGUGGAGUGGGUGAAUAUGGUUUUGGGUAAAUUAUGGAAAGUUUAUCGACCUGGGAUUGAGAAUUGGCUUGUUGGAUUGUUGCAACCCGUUAUUGAUGAUUUGAAAAAGCCUGACUAUGUGGAGAGGGUGGAAAUCAAGCAGUUUUCUUUGGGGGAAGAACCAUUGUCAGUUAGGAACGUUGAGAGGCGAACAUCCCGUCGAGCCAACGAUUUGCAGUACCAAAUUGGUCUGCGCUAUACUGGCGGUGCUCGUAUGUUGUUAAUGCUUUCGCUAAAAUUUGGCAUCAUCCCCAUUUCCGUCCCAGUUGGUGUUCGAGAUUUUGACAUAGAUGGUGAAUUAUGGGUCAAGUUGCGGCUUAUUCCAACUGAACCUUGGGUAGGUGCUGCUUCAUGGGCAUUUGUUUCACUGCCAAAGAUCAAAUUUGAGUUGUUACCGUUCCGCUUAUUCAAUUUAAUGGCUAUUCCUGUUCUCUCCAUGUUUUUGACAAAACUUCUCACUGAGGAUUUACCUAAGUUAUUUGUACGUCCAAAGAAGAUAUUUCUAGAUUUCCAAAGCGGAAAAGCAGUUGGACCAGUCCCAUACGAGGUUAAAUCAGGAGAUAUGCAGAAUAAAGAUUUUGUUGGAGAACUGUCAGUAACCCUUGUAGAUGCUCGAAAGCUUUCUUAUGUCUUUUAUGGAAAAACAGACCCAUACGUCACUUUAACCUUGGGUGAUCAAAUAAUACGUAGCAAAAAGAACAGCCAAACCACUGUAAUUGGGCCACCGGGUGAGCCAAUCUGGAAUCAGGAUUUUCAUAUGCUUGUUGCAAACCCUAGGAAACAGAAAUUGUAUAUUCAAGUGAAAGACUCUCUUGGAUUUGCAGAUUUGACUAUUGGUAAUGCAGAGGUUGAUCUUGGAUCUCUUCAAGAUACUGUACCAACGGACAGAAUUGUUGUUUUGAGGGGAGGUUGGGGACUCUUUAGAAACAGGUCUUCUGGAGAAAUACUGCUGAGAUUGACAUACAAAGCAUAUGUUGAGGACGAAGAGGACGAUAAGGCUGCAUCGGACGACGAGUUUUCUGAUUCUGAUGAACCCGAACCUAAUGGCACUUAUGAGCGUGAAACGAAUGCUGCAAAAGAACAUGGUAAGGAACCAUUUAUGGACGUUCUGGCAGCUUUGAUAGUGAGUGAAGAAUUUCAGGGAAUAGUGGCAUCAGAUUUGUUGAAUUCUAAACUUCAGAAUGAUGCCACUUCUACUAGCAUGGGUGCAACACGGUCGAGAUCUGGUGAUGCUGAUAGUGACACCAAACCGACAGUUUCGGGCGUUAAAACUAGACGUUUUGCUGAAUCGGCAUUGUUUUGGUUUGCUGUGAUAACGAGUAUAUCAGUGCUUAUUGCUAUCAACAUUGGUGGUUCAAGUUUCUUCAACCCAUGAUGUUAUAUGGUUCAAGUUUCUUCUACCCAUGAUCUUAUAUGGUUCGAGUUUCUUCUACCCAUGACCUUAUUGACCUUAUUAUGGUUGGAGUUUCUUCUACCCAUGACCUUAUUAUGGUUCGAGUUUCUUCUACCCGUGAUCUUAUAUGGUUCGAGUUUCUUCUACCCGUGAUCUUAUAUGGUUCGAGUUUCUUCUACCCAUGAUGUUAUAUGGUUCGAGUUUCUUCAACCCAUGAUCUUAUAUGGUUCGAGUUUCUUCAACCCAUGAUCUUAUAUGGUUCGGGUUUCUUCAACCCAUGAUCUUAUAUCAACUAUAUGGUCGCAGAAACUUCCCAAUUCAUCGGCCAUUUUGCAUCAUCCUUCAGCCUCCGACUGCUUGUAGCUGGCUAUCUCUCAUCAAAGCUGCUGUUGACAUACACAGACUGUGUAUUCGUAUUGAACAACGCAUCCUUGGCAGGCUAGAGUGAAGUAUACACAUACACAUUGAAACGAACAAUAAAAUCAAUCAAUUUAACCCGUGUUCGGGUUGUAUAUAAGGCGCUAACAGAGCAAUACUCUGUGGCAUACCAAUUUUGACUUGAAAUUAUAAUAACAAAUGUACACUCUUUCCCCUUGCACC